CUCCUACUCUUCUUUGCUUCCCAUUGUUAUCAUCUAGUACCAGUACCCCCGCACGCAAACGGACCUACGAUUAGUAUUAGUUAUUAUCCCAUCAGCUCGAAUGUGGAUAUGUUCAUCAAGCACAUCACCCGAGUUACCGAUGUCCUUCCUCCCUCUCAACAAACUCCUAACCCCCACCCCGUCCCCUUCUCCCCCUCCCGCGCACCCCAUCGACCGUGCAGUAAACCUGGUGACCCGACGCGCAAACCAAACGCGGGGGUUGACCGGGAAUCAUUCCGUCAACAUCGCCCAUCGACCACCGCCAACAGCUGAGCAAUAACAUCACAUCACCCCCAAGAUGCAUGUACCCUUAGCUGAACCUGUGUGUGUGUGUGUGUGUGUGGCCACAGUUGCGCCCCCCCCCC